GUAAGUUUUACACACAUGUUCUACCUCUGUGAUGGUACGGAUAAGCUCUACUUUGGAGAAGGCACCCUGCUUCAUGUUCUAGAAGCCGGUAAGGUGCGGAAAGAACCCGAGGUAACAAUCUUCCCUCCUAACCUACAAGAAUUAAAAGAUAAGGGCUCUCUAUCGCUAGUCUGUGUUGCUAGCGGUUUCUACCCAGAACAUGUGUCUAUUCGCUGGAUGGUAAAUGGAGUGGUACGGGUUACUUAUGAUCAAAACAAGCCAAUUUUACACGAAAAGGACACAUAUUCAAUCAGUCGGCGGCUCAUUCUGACAAAAGAGGAAUAUUAUACCCCAUCAAACAUUUUCCGAUGUGACGCCAGCUUCCCGGGCUCGGAGAACGUGACAAAAGAGAUUAACGGAGAAAAAAAGUGCACUGGCGCUACAGGUAAGUCUGAGAUGCAUGGAUGAAUAGAUGGAUGGAUAAAUGAAUACAUGGAUAGAUGGAUGAAUAGAUAUAUAGAUAGAUAGAUAGAU